AAGGAGGCGGAGCGGAAGAGAAAAGCAGCACUCCUUUCCGGUGUAUUGGCACAGUUAAAGCGAAGAGCGAACGAGGAGGCCUUUGUGAGGGCUGCAGUUGGGCUCAUUCAGCAAAGUCCCGAGGAGAAGCGCAACCCGAGGACGAGAGUGGCCUCCCGCGCCCGGCUCUGGUCCCCACAGCCUCCGGCGCCCCUCCCGCCCUGCGAUGACGCGGCACGGCAAGAACUGCACGGCGGGCGCCGUGUACACCUAUCACGAGAAGAAGAAGGACACAGCGGCCUCGGGUUACGGGACCCAAAACAUCCGCCUGAGCCGUGACGCAGUGAAGGACUUCGACUGCUGCUGCCUCUCUCUGCAGCCCUGCCACGACCCUGUCGUCACCCCAGAUGGCUACCUGUACGAGCGUGAGGCCAUCCUGGAGUACAUCCUGCACCAGAAGAGAGAGAUUGCCCGGCAAAUGAAGGCCUACGAGAAGCAGCGCGGCGCGCGGCGCGAGGAGCAGAAGCAGCUGCAGCGGGCGGCGGCGCAGGACCAGGUGCGCGGCUUCCUGGAGAAGGAGGCGGCCAUCGUGAGCCGCCCGUCGCGCACCGUCACCUGCCCCAUGUCGGGGAAGCCGCUGCGCAUGGCGGACCUGACGCCCGUGCGCUUCACGCCGCUCGACGACUCGGUGGACCGCGUGGGGCUCAUCACGCGCAGCGAGCGCUACGUGUGCGCCGUGACCCGCGACAGCCUCAGCAACGCCACGCCGUGCGCCGUGCUGCGGCCCUCCGGGGCCGUGGUCACCCUGGAGUGCGUGGAGAAGCUGAUUCGCAAGGACAUGGUGGACCCGGUCACUGGGGACAAGCUCACGGAGCGCGACAUCAUCGUGCUGCAGCGGGGUGGCACCGGCUUCGCGGGCUCCGGGGUGAAGCUGCAGGCGGAGAAGUCCCGGCCAGUGAUGCAGGCCUGAGGUGGCGCGGAGGUCAAAUAAACCUCUGCUGGCGGGCACUGGA